CGUUCGAGAGAUGCGCUUACAUCAUCCUCGCGUUUGUGCAAAAAAACGAAAGUAUCGAUAAAACUAUACCCGAUAAACUGGCUCUCGUGCCUCGCGAAAACACGGGAAGAAGUGAAGCGACUCACCGCAGUUCCUCAGCCGGGGCAGCUCCGAUAUCCCAUUUAUCUUAUAGGCCGCAUAUACGAAAUGAAAAAUUUCAGAAGCAGAUGUGCUCGCGCUUUGGUAACCGAGCGAAGACUAAGUAGGUACUGCUACUGCUAGGCAGCUGCUGCAGCUCUCCGUCGCUUUUCCGUCAUGAUAUGAUUUUUGAGGCUAGCGUCGACUUUUAUCUUCUCAGCCCUCGUCUCUCGGUUUCUUCAAGAUAUGCGAAUGUGCGCAUAUGUAUAUAUUUGUACUUAUACGGAGAAACGGCGUUCAGACUUGAGAGAUUAUUCGAGGAAUGUAUCGAGACAAUUUUCUAACCUCAAUUGAUUCGACACCUCUCGAAUUGUUAGAUUUUAUUAUCUUUUGAAACUUUAAAACGUAGGAUGUUGCCUCUGUUGACUGCAGUGCAUUCUAUUUUCUCUACACUCGGUUGGUUCUCUACACUCCAGAACGUGAGCUAUACUCAUUAUGUGGUGACUCGGAUGUUUGCUUUACAUUAUCGGCGGAGUUAUUUAUUGCGCUGAUUUUGCUCCAAAAUAUAUGAUUGUGUGCGUGUAUUGUGUAUACAUGCGAUAUAUAUAUAUAGGUAUAUAUAAUCUAUUGCGCGGAUCAGCUGAUUGGAGCUGUAACCUUUAGCGGGAAAUUUUCGAACAGACAUUUGUAAAUAGAUAACAGGAUUUUUUCGUUAUCGCUUUUAUCUUCAUUCAAACUGAAUAGUCUUGGAAUUUUUGCCUAUAUAAGUAUAAUAGUGACGAACUCCGAUGCAUAGAUGUGACUCGAUGAGCUGAAAAUGCAUGCUUAGGAAAUUUUUCGAUUUUAGAGAUGAUUCAGACUCGUUAUUUAUGUUUUAUUCGAGAAUUCGUAAUUUUCAGUGGGGCAGUUUUUAAUUUACUUCUCUACGGUAAAUCUAUUUAUUGAAGUUUACUUCAAUUGAAUAAUAUUAUACGAAUAUAAGUUUUAAUAAAUUUUAUUGUCAUCGUUAGCAUUUGUUAUUAUUAGUGCUCAUAUGAUUAUUGAUAUUCGAAAUUACGUCCAUUCGAAACGUAAAUCGGACUUACGAAUAUUACCUAUGUUUGCAUUAAUAAUGGGCAUAAUUAACUAGAAAAGAAGUAUUUUGGGCACAUUAUUGUUUGAUAUUAAAAUAAUAAAUUAAAUUUAAAUUUCCCGCCAAAAUAAAGUGCUGCUGUGCUGCAGUGCUGCCAACUGCCCGGGCGUGGUUUUCGAACUCAAACAAUUUCCACCACGAGAGGCGCUAAAAGUUGUUGACCUAGCUUUACUUUUGUAAAUAUAAUAAAUACAUAUAUAAUAGGUAUUAUAGGUACGCAAAAGCCAAAACGUAACUCUUAUAGUUAUAGUGACGCCGGGUGCAUGUGUUAACAUUUUAGAUAUUUAAUUAUCUUAAAAAAUAUAUCACAAUGGCAUUGGCAGCAGAAUCAAUGGCCCUGGACGACAACAAACAGAUUCCCGACAAACCCGUGGACCGUGAGAAGACCUGUCCUCUUCUUUUAAGAGUAUUUUGCAACACAGGGCGGCAUCACAACAUUGGUGAAUAUACUAGGGGUAAUGUUCCCUCAAACGAGCUUCAAAUUUACACUUGGAUGGAUGCAACUCUACGAGAAAUCACUGCUUUAGUAAAAGAAGUAAACCCAGAUGCUAGAAGUAAAGGAACUUACUUUGAGUUUUCAUUAGUCACACCAGAAGUGCGAACCUCUGGUUAUAGAAUGCGAGAAAUAGGUGUUACUUGUUCAGGACAAAAAGGUGCAGAUGAUAACAAAACUUUGGCACAAGCAAGGUUCACAAUAGGAGAUUACCUGGACAUUUCCAUCACUCCACCUAACAGAGUGCAGCCAGUGGUUCGACGAGGGAAUUUUAGGCAAUACUGACCAAAAAGAACUAAAACGUGAUUAGCGUGAAAGUUGACAUAAAUUUAAGUUUUACAUUAUUACUUGAAUUGAUUUUGUUGAAUAAGUUAAAGAUCUUUACUCAACAUUAAUUUUUAUGAAGGUUAAAAUACACAACUAUUAUCUUGCAUAGAGUAAUAUAAAUCCAUAAACAUUUAAUUUACAUUUACAUUACAUUUAUAAUAAUGUUAAAAUUUUGUAAUUUACAUCAAACACACUAGUGACAUUUUAUUGGAAACUUAAAUUCUUUCUCAAUGGCUACAUUCUUAGGGAUUAUUAGUAAAUAAUUUUUUAAUCCAUUUAAUGAGAUGCAGAGUGCAAAAAAUGAUCCAAACAUUUACUUUAAGAAGCCGUCACAAAAAUUUUUAAAAAACGUAACAUGCUAUAUAAUGCUUGUGUAUUCAAUAAGUAGUAUAUCACAUGCUGUAGAUUUAGAUAUUUUUCAAAUCACAAACUUGAAUUAUAUGUGUGCAACUUGUAUAUUGAGAAUUGAAAACGUUGUUUCAAAUCAUAUAGUAAUAAUCAAUAAACAUCUUUCAUAUACCCAAA